AUGUCGUCAUGGAGUCAGAAACAGAUGUUAAAUCCUCCAAGAAUGAUCGGUUUGGAACAAGUUGCGUUUUAUCUGGUCCCAUCAGUUAGCUGGGUUGAAAGCAUACCCUAUGAUCCAAGUCUAAUGGUUUUCAUGGAUUAUCGAGACUACACGAAACAUAAAUCUCAAUCAUUAGAAGCACAAUAUCCAACAUUCCUUUAUGUCAUGCCCAUGUCUCCAACUAAAGUAUCCUUCGAGGAAACCUGUUUGGCUUCAAAAGAAGCCAUGCCUUUUGAGUUAUUGAAGACAAAGCUCAUGUCAAGAUUAAAGACAAUGGGGAUCCGAAUAACCAAAACUUAUGAAGAGGAAUGGUCGUAUAUUCCAGUAGGCGGAUCAUUACCGAACACAGAGCAAAAGAACCUUGCAUUUGGUGCUGCUGCUAGUAUGGUGCAUCCAGCCACAGGAUAUUCGGUUGUAAGAUCACUGUCAGAAGCUCCUAAUUAUGCAGCGGUAAUUGCAAAGAUUUUAGGACAAAGAAAUUCAAAACAAAUGGUUGAUCUUGGAAGAUACACAACCAACAUCUCAAAGCAAGCUUGGGAAACACUCUGGCCACUAGAAAGGAAAAGACAGAGAGCAUUCUUUCUCUUUGGAUUAGCGCUGAUUGUCCAGAUGGAUAUUGAGGGGACCCAUAGACCUUUGUUUGAUACAAAGAUUACAUGCCAACAGUGCUCAUACGUUUAUCCACACGAUGAAAAUGUUGCCUUUCUAUAUGAUGUGGUGGGGGUUUCUUGGAUCUUCGCUAUCCUCAACCGACCUAAUAGUAUUUGA